AUGGCCGAAACCCUAGAACCCUCCCUCGUCGGGGAAAUCGAUACUUCGGCGCCAUUCGAGUCAGUGAGAGAGGCCGCCACUCGGUUUGGCGGAUUCGGUUUCUGGAAACCUUCUUCCAUUAACAUCCUCGAAGCUUCUUAUCAGAACGAUGUGGAUGAAGCUAAUAUGGUGGCGAAAGCGAGUGAUUUAGAGAAGGAACUGAUUGCGAAAGAAGGAGAAACUUUAAAGGUGUUGAAAUCGCUCGAGUCGACCAAAGCCAUCGUCGAAGAGCUUAAAUCAAAGCUACAGCGAAAUGAAGAGAAAGAGAACUGCGACAUGAAUGUUCUGCAAGAACUGAACCAAGCAAAGACGAAUCUUUGCAAGACAACCGAAGAUCUGGCUGCUAUACGCGAGUCCGUUGAGCUACUGAACAAGAGACUGGAAGAGGAACGAGCUGCACUCGACAAGACGCGAGAGAGGCUAAACUCUGAGAAUGCAGCAGAGAUCUCCAAGGAGAUUCAGAGAUUAAGCUACGAGGCUAAGGAGUUCAGUAAAACAGGAGAGGAUGCGCGUUUUGCGGUUGAGAAAGCUGUGGCUGAGAUCGAACAAACGAGGAACAAGAUCAAAGCUGCUGAGAUGCGUUUGGUCGCUGCUAGGAAGAUGAAGGAAGCUGCUAGAGCCGCUGAAGCAGUUGCAAUCGCUGAAAUCAAAGCUGUUACUGGGAGAAGAAGAAGAAGAAGAGGAAAUGGUCAAGAGACGUUGCAGGAGGAGAUUCUGGAGAAGAUAGAAGAAACGGCGCAAGAAAUCAGAAGCAGCAAGAGGACGCUGGAGGAAGGUCUGGAGAGAGUGAAUUCUGUGAAAACGGAGGAAGCAGAAGAGACCCUGCAGGGGAAAUGGCAGUGGUCCGAACAUAGGAGGAGAUCAUCAUCACACAUGGGCAAGUACAAGAACAGGAGAGAGACGCUUCUGAUGGAUGUAAACGGUCUGAAUCUGAUGAUGAAUGGCGACGGGACAUCAUCCUCAGUUGCUGUCUUGAAACCAACGAUGUCGAUAGGGCAAAUACUCAGCAGGAAACUGCUCCUCGCGGAUGAGUCAGCGAUGAUGAUGAACGGGAGAGUGUCGUUGGGUCAGAUUCUUGGGAAGACUAAUAACAUUAAAGAAAAAGAGAAGAAGGUGAAUGGGAAGAGGAAGAGGUUCGGAUUGGCCAAGUUAUCUGUGAUGUUGAACAAAGAGAGCAAGAAUAAGAAGAAGAAGAUAGCUUUGAACUUACAGUGA